AACAAACAGUUUGCACACAGAAAGCAUCUCAGAGUGAGCAGGAUGUGGAUUUUAUUAGUCAUAGCAACAACAUUUUUCCUAUAUGCUCCAGCUUUGGGUGGAGUGAAGGAACUUGGUUCACAUUUUAACUUUAGUGAGAAAAGAAUUGCAACGGCAAUUAAUACACAGACACUUCCCCGGGGGGGUGACAACCCACAGGUGGAAUUUUUGUCUCAAGACUCCCAUCAGGACAACACAGUGACCAAAGACUUGCCACUGGUAAGUUUGGAAGAGGAUGAUUACAUUGAUUUUGAUAAGAUAUUGGCAGAGGGAGAUGAUGAGUACACUGAAGGUGAUGAAAUAGAUGACAUCACAACACCUGGGCUAGACCCUAACUUUGUCUCAGAGCUGUCAGACCCUAAAAUGUGUCAAGCAUGUCUCUUGAGACUCUUUCACGGUCGAACACGGCUGCAGCGCAUUAAUGUGGUCAAUGCCCUUUUUGGAUUUCGCCUCUAUCGCAGCCUUCGCAACCAAGUGAACCAAACAGAUAAUGUCCUGCUGGCACCUGCUGGAAUCUCCAUAACCAUGGGAAUGAUUGCACUUGCUGUCGGCUCUACCACACACAAGCAGCUCUACCAAACAUUAGGCUUUGCUGAAUUUGUCAAUGCGAGCAUUCACUAUAAUGAUUCCACUGUGCACAAGCUUUUCUGCAAACUUACACACCGACUUUUCAGGCGGAACUUUGGCUACACUUUGCGAUCUGUCAAUGACUUUUACAUCAAGCAAAGUGUUGUCAUGACAGAAGGCUUCCGAAGACAGGCACGGAGAUACUAUUUUGCUGAGCCUCAAUCUGUGGAUUUUAGGGACCCAGCAUUCCUUGUGAAAGUCAACCAGCGCAUUCAGAAGAUGACAAAAGGGCUCAUCAAGGACCCACUUAAAAAUGUUGACCCCAACAUGGUUGUGCUACUCCUAAACUAUCUGUACUUUAAAGGAACAUGGGAGCAGAAGUUUCCAGAGGAGCUGACCCAUUACCGUAACUUUCGUGUGAAUGAGAAGCACCAGGUUCGUGUGCCUAUGAUGCAGAAUAAGGGUAUUUACCUGGCUGCAGCUGAUCAUGAGCUGAACUGUGAUGUUCUACAGUUGCCUUACAAGGGCAACAUAAGCAUGCUCAUUGCUGUGCCACAGAAACUUUCUGGGAUGAAAGUUCUUGAACAAGAGGUCUCACCUACUCUCAUUAACAAGUGGCUCAACAACAUGACCAACAGAACUCGUGAGGUAGUUUUUCCCCGGUUUAAGCUGGAGCAGAACUAUGAUCUGGUCAACCACUUAAAGCAAUUGGGUCUAACUGACCUCUUCACAGAAAAAGGUGACUUUUCUCCUAUGGCUUCUGAGAAGGUCUCUGUCAACCAGUUUAAGCACCAAAGUGGCAUCACAGUAAAUGAAGAGGGCACCGAGGGAGCAUCCCUGACACAUGUGGGUUUCAUGCCAUUGUCAACACAGACCCGCUUCAUUGUGGACCGCCCCUUUCUCUUUUUUAUCUAUGAACACCGCACCGACUGCCUUAUCUUUAUGGGACGGGUUGCAGACCCAACAAAAAGUUAAUUUUGUACCUUUAUACAUCUAAGCUUCAAAGGUAUAUUAAACGAAACACUGCAAUGGAAAAUGUCACUGAUACAGUGUAUAAGUCAGCAAAGCUGUAAGGGGCUUGUCCAGCUAAGUAGCACUCAAAUGUUUUAAUGUAAAAAAAAGAUGUCAUUAUUAUUAAUUUCCACUGUUUAAAUAAGUAUGUAACACAUCAAAUGUAUCAUUAAAGCAUUUAAAGCAUU